AUGGGUGCAAGUUGUAAUGAUCAAAGAAAAGCAGUGGCUAUAUGCUUACAAAGAUCUCCAUGUGUUAUGAUUAAAAGAAACACUCCUAAAAAAUGUUUGGAAGAUCCAGAUUUGAAAAAAGACUUACCAGAACUAUGUAUUGCUCAAAUGAAAGCUUUUUUGGAAUGCAAACGUGGUAUGGUCGAUAUGACUAAAAGAUUUAGAGGUAACGGUGCUUUGUCUACUGGAAAGUACGACCAACAAUAUGAGAAGUUGUGUAGCGGUGAUUUUAAUCCACACGCUGAAAUGAAAAAAUUAGAAUUGCUAGACAGUGCCAAUAAAACAUAA